CGCCCCGCCCUCUGCAUUGGCUACAGAUUUUGGGGCGCCGGGUAUGGAGUCCUGAGCUUGAACUACCCAGCUCUUCUCUGCGUCGCCCGGUGUCCAGCGCCCGCGUGGCGCGGCGCGGGGGAAAAGCCGGCAGAUAGCCCCAAACCCAAUGAGUCUGCUUCGUGAGGCCGCCGGCAGCCGCCUCUGAGAAGUUGGGGGGCGGUGCCCGGGGCACUCCCCCCGCCGCCGUUGCCAGGGGCUGGGAAGCCGGUUUGUGUCUCCCGGUGGCGCGGACCGGUGUCCCGGGGCGUUGGCCUGGGCGGCGCGGGCUGCAGUGGGGGACCGGCAGGAUCCCACCGCCACUUCCUGACGGGGCCGGGCGCUGCGGUCACGAACUCGGUUCUUUUUCAGGAUGUCCUUUUUGGACCAAGGGAGAGUGCUUCUGCCUCGCUGACCCCGCGGGAAUACGGCGACACGGUCGGCGCCUAUAGACCCUCGCGGCUGUUCCUGACCACGACCUGGGUCCAAGCCUCUCUGUUCAGAUGCCUUAGAAAAGAACCAUGGAGAAGUAUGUUAGGGUGCAGAAGAUUGGAGAAGGUUCAUUUGGAAAAGCUAUUCUUGUUAAAUCUAUAGAAGAUGGCAGACAAUAUGUUAUCAAAGAAAUUAACAUCUCAAGGAUGUCCAAUAAAGAAAGGGAAGAAUCGAGGCGAGAAGUUGCAGUUUUGGCAAACAUGAAGCAUCCAAAUAUUGUCCAAUAUAGAGAAUCAUUUGAAGAAAAUGGCUCUCUCUACAUAGUGAUGGAUUACUGUGAAGGAGGGGAUCUGUUUAAACGAAUAAAUGCUCAGAAAGGCAUUUUGUUUCAAGAGGAUCAGAUUCUGGACUGGUUUGUACAGAUAUGUUUGGCCCUGAAACAUGUACAUGACAGAAAAAUUCUUCAUCGAGACAUAAAAUCACAGAACAUAUUUUUAACCAAAGAUGGGACAGUACAACUUGGAGAUUUUGGAAUUGCAAGAGUCCUUAAUAGUACUGUGGAGCUGGCUCGGACUUGCAUAGGGACCCCGUACUACUUGUCACCUGAAAUCUGUGAAAACAAACCUUAUAAUAAUAAAAGUGACAUUUGGGCUCUGGGAUGUGUCCUUUAUGAGAUGUGCACACUUAAACAUGCAUUUGAAGCUGGCAAUAUGAAAAACCUGGUACUGAAGAUUAUAUCUGGAUCUUUUCCACCCGUGUCUUUGCAUUAUUCUUACGAUCUCCGCAGUUUGCUCUCCCAGUUAUUUAAAAGAAAUCCUAGGGAUAGACCAUCAGUCAACUCCAUAUUGGAGAAAGGUUUUAUAGCCAAACGCAUUGAAAAGUUUCUCUCCCCUCAGCUUAUUGCAGAAGAAUUUUGUCUAAAAACUUUUUCCAAGUUUGGAGCACAGCCUAUACCAGCUAAAAGACCAGCUUCAGGACAAAGUUUGGCUUUUGUUAUAUCUGCUCCAAAAAUUACAAAGCCUGCUGCCAAAUAUGGAGUACCUUUAGCUUAUAAGAAAUAUGGAGAUAAAAAAUUACAUGAAAAGAAAUCACUUCAAAAACAUAAACAGGCCCAUCAAAUUCCAGUGAAGAAAGUGAAUGCUAGAGAAGAAAGGAGGAAAAUGUUUGAGGAAGCAGCAAGAAAGGGAAGGUUGGAUUUUAAUGAUAAAGAAAAGAAACAAAAGGAUCAGAUUAGCUUACUGAAGGCUGAACAGAUGAAAAGGCAAGAAAAGGAAAGGUUGGAGAAAAUAAAUAGGGCCAGGGAACAAGGAUGGAGAAACGUGCUGAGUGCCAGCGGCGCAGGUGGUGAAGUGAAGGCUCCCUUUUUUGGCAGUGGCGGGGCUGUGGCUCCAGCAUUGCUUUCUUCUCGAGGACAAUAUGAACAUUAUCAUGCUAUUUUUGAUCAAAUGCAGCAACAAAGAGCGGAAGAUAAUGAAGCUAAGUGGAAAGCAGAAGUAAACGGCCAAAGGCUUCCAGAAAGGCAGAAGGGGCAGCUGGCUGUGGAGAGAGCAAAGCAAGUGGAAGAGUUUCUCCAGCGCAGACGGGAGGCGAGGCAGAACAAGGCUCGGGCGGAGGGUCACGUGGGAAUCCUGCAAAACCUGGCAGCCCUGUAUGGAGGCAGGCCCAGCUCUUCAAGAGGAGGGAAGCCGAGAAACAAAGAGGAAGAGGUUUACCUAGCAAGGCUGAGGCAGAUAAGACUGCAGAAUUUUAAUGAGCGCCAGCAGAUUAGAGCCAAACUUCGUGGUGAAAAGGAGGCGGACAGCUCUGAAGGGCAGGAGGGAACUGAGGAGGCUGAUGUGAGGCGUAAAAAAGUGGAAGCACUGAAGGCCCAAGUGAGUGCCCGCGCCUCAGUGCUGAAGGAACAGUUAGAACGGAAGAGGAGGGAGGCCUACGAGCGAGAAAAGAAGGCCUGGGAGGAGCAUUGCUUACAUUCUCUCCUACAGUUGGUGGCCAAAGGACUGAAGAGCUCUGAUGUAUCCCCGCCUUCAGGACAGCAAGGAGCAGGUGGCUCUCCACCCAGGCAUCCAAUGAGGCCUGUUAUUUCUGUAACUUCAGCUUUGAAGGAAGUGGGUGUGGACAGAAGUUUAACUGAUGCCCAGGAAACCUCGGAAGAAAUGCAAAAGACUAACAAUUCUAUUUCAAGUAAGCGAGAAAUACUACGUAGGUUAAAUCAGAAUCUUAAAGCUCAAGAAGAUGAGAAAGGAAAGCAGAGUCCCUCUGAAACAGGUGCAAUAAAUAUACUUGAAGAUGCCAAAGAGCAGGAGAAAGAAAAACCGGUUUCAUCAGAUCGCAAGAAAUGGGAGGCAGGAGGCCAGCUGGUGAUUCCCGUGGAUGAGCUGACACUGGACACGUCCUUCUCUGCCACUGAAAAACACACAGUGGGAGAGGUUAUUAAAUUAGAUUCUAGUGGAUCUCCAAGAAAAGUCUGGGGAAAAAGCCCUACAGAUUCUGUUCUAAAGGUACUUGGAGAAGCUGAACUACAACUUCAGACAGAACUAUUGGAAAACACAACGAAUAGCAGUGAGAUUUCUCCUGAAAGAGAAGAAAUUUUAAAAGAAAAAAUAAAAUGUAUUUCACUUGAAAUGAAGCCAUCAGCUACUGUUGAUUCUUCUGUUGAGACAAAUAGUCCAGACUUUAGUGAGGCAGAGACAGCAUUGAAACCAGAAGGAAAUGUGGAUGAGCCUGACGACCUGGAAAUGGAAGUUCUCCAGGAGCCCAGCAGGGCAGACAGAGACGGUCACCCGCCCUGCUCUGCAGUCACCGUGUGGAUGAGUGAUGGGAAGGACGCAGGGGAAGUCGAGUUGGAGGAUAGAGUCCCUACUCAGCAAAAUGAAGCUUCUGAAGAUGGAGCCAUGGGGAGUGUGGGUCAUCUUGGCGAAGUUCAUGUAGAACCUGGAGCAGAUAGUUCUCAGCCCUCUGUGUGUGAUGCAGAUAAGUCUGUGCAGCCAGAACCAUUUUUCCAUAAAGUGGCUCAUUCCGAACAAUUGAAAGUCAUCUCUCAAGUUCACUCAGCCCUCUGUUCACCAGAGGAAUCCAUUCCACUUCGAUCUCUCUCUGAUUCACCACCAAAAACUAAAAAGCAGAGUUCCUUGCUGAUUGGACUUUCAACUGGUCUGUUUGAUGCAAACAACCCAAAGCUGUUGAGGACGUGUUCACUUCCCGACCUCUCGAAGCUGUUCAGAACACUGAUGGACGUCCCCACUGUGGGAGAUGUACGUCAGGACAGUCUAGGAAUGGAUGAGAUGGAAGAUGAGCACAUCAAAGAAGGCCCUUCUGACUCUGAAGACAUUGUGUUUGAAGAGGCUGACACGGAUUUACAAGAGCUGCAGGCCUCCAUGGAGCAGCUGCUUCGGGAGCAGCCUGGCGAGGACUCCAGCGACGCGGAACAGGCCGCCAACGGGCCAGAUGCGGGGGACGAGGAUGACAACCCCAGCAGUGGGAGCGCCCUCAAUGAGGAGUGGCACUCAGAUAACAGUGAUGGUGAGAUAACCAGCGAAUGUGAAUAUGAUAGUGUCUUUAACCAUUUAGAGGAGCUCAGGCUUCACCUGGAGCAGGAAAUAGGCUUUGAAAAAUUCUUUGAGGUUUAUGAGAAAAUAAAGGCUGUUCAUGAAGAUGAAGAUGAAAACAUUGAGAUUUGUUCGACAGUAGUUGAGGACCUUUUGGGAAGUGAGCAUCAGCAUCUUUACGCUAAGAUUCUUCACUUGGUCAUGGCAGAUGGAGCCUAUCAGGAAGAUAAUGAUGAGUAAUCCUCAGAACAUUCUUUAAUCCUCAACUGAAUAAAAGCAUUUAAAUUUUGGCUCAUCAGAAUAAUAAACUUCAGUGGGAAAUGUAGCAAUACUUUACGAAGGAAAUAUUGAUUUAAGAUGGGCAUUCUAAUUGCAUGAAAAUGAUGGAGAAAUAUGCCAUUUUUCAAUUAAAAAUCUAGUUUUUUAUCUGU